AAUUUCACCUAGACUGGUAGAACCAAAGUUUCAGCUUUUAUGUAUCUGUAUAACUCGUAAAGGUACGACCAUUGUUAAAUAAAAUCUUUUUCACUGAUGAGGUCAUCACACUAAAUGAAUAUUUAAACUCGUUUAUCACAGUGCGGAACAGUAAGAAUCACUAAUAAACUGUUAUUAUUAAUUUUUAUGAGGAAUGUUUUUUCUAAAGUGAUUAUUAACUUUGUUCUGUUUGUUUUUUUAUUUAUUUAUUCGGAAUGAUUGCUAGUGACUAUGUCCUGGAGUUGUGUAACGUUUUUUAUUCCGGCCAGGUGGAAAAUGGCUCCUGCGUCCAACGGAUGAUAGGAAAUAUUAAAACGGGAGUUAUUCUUAAAGAUGUCUCGAUGGUUGUACACUCUGGUGAAGUAUUAGCUGUAUUGGGAUCCAAAGGUAGUGGAAAGAAAGCUCUGUUGGAUGUUAUAUCGCGCAGAGCGCAGGGUUCCAUUAGAGGACAGAUUCAUCUCAACAAUCAUCCAAUGAGCAUGUGCCUAUUUCAACAAAGAUGCGCUUAUGUUACUCAUAAAUGUGACUUUAUACCCGGCUUAACUGUGGAACAAACAUUCUAUUACACACCUACCAGGCUCUCUGGAUAUUUAAAAAAAGCUAAGGUGAAGCAGAUAAUGGCUGAUUUGGUCUUAUCACAAGUUUCUAGUAAAUGUGUAGAAGACUUGACGAAGAGUGAGUAUAGACGGCUGAUGAUUGGUAUCCAACUUAUAAAAGAACCAGUGGUUUUGCUGCUAGAUGAACCAACGUGGGAUUUGGAUCCACUAAACACUUACCUCAUCGUUUCUAUUCUUUCUAAUGCAGCUAAGAAAUAUGGAACAGCCAUAAUAUUAACAAUGGAAAAACCUCGUUCCGAUGUUUUUCCAUUUUUGGAACGAGUUUUAUAUUUGUGUCUAGGAGAUGUUGUUUACACGGGAGGAACUAGACAAAUGCUGGAAUAUUUCAAUGAAAUUGGUUUCCCUUGUCCUCAACUCGAGAAUCCUUUAAUGUACUAUCUUUGUCUUUCGACAGUCGACAGACGUUCUAGGGAACGAUUCGUUGAAAGCAACCACCAAAUCGCUGCACUUGUUGAGAAAUUCAAAAUUGAAGGGGGUAUGUUUCGCAAAGGAUCGGGUGUAAUUACUCCAAAUCAUAAUAUGGACCAUGGAAUGCACGGAAAUAAAGUAACCCUUCUUUACGGGCGACCUGGACAAUGUAUAACAGGGUGGACUAUUUAUACGAGACUGGUAACGGCUUCGUUGAGCUUCAGAAAAGCGGGCUUAAGACAAGCAUUCUUGAGAUUGUUAUUGCUGCCUUUAUAUUUCUUCUUUUUAUGGAUAUUCUAUAACGAAAUGAAAACUUGGCAACACACGUUUAUUUCGAGAAGUGGGUUAAUAUUGAACUGUUUAUCUGCUGUGUAUUUUUGCGGUAUAGUAAAUACCGUUUUAAUGUAUCCUACAUACAGAACUCGCUAUUACCAAGAAACUCAGGAGGGUUUAUAUGGAGGCACCUUAUUCCUUUUCACUUAUAAUUUAGUGUCACUUCCAUUCUCGUUUAUUUCCACGAUUUUAGCAACUUUAAUAAUAUUUCCGUUACUAGGAGAUUUCGAGAAUCCUUUGGACUAUGUCUGCUUCACUCUUGUACUAUGGGCAUGUUAUACUUUCACGGAACAACAAACGAUGGCGAUUCUAAUGAUAGUCAAAGAUAACGUCAAAGCCGCUAUUUUCAGUAUCUAUAUAACAGUUGUGUGUCUGACUCUAAGUAGCGGAAUUUUACGAUCUAUUAAAGGUUUACAAGAUUGGCUCUAUUAUCUAACAUACGCUACUCAAACUCGUUACGCCGCAGCGUUUCUAAACAGAAAAGUCUUCACCCGACCAUCACUCAGUCAAAUGCUACCGUUUGAUCCACAACAUAACUGCACUAAUAUUUACGAAACGUCUCUUUUACACGGAGGGAGCAAUCAUUUUUGCAGAUACACCAACGGACAGAGUUUUUUGACGGAAAGAUACAGUAGGGAUCCCACGGAUGUUAUUUUCAGUGGAAUAUUAGAAGAGGAUUUGAAUAUCGGUGUAACUUGUGCUUUCGCUUUGGGCAUGAUUAUUUUCAACUUAUUCUUGUAUUUGAUACCGUUGCCUUCGUUCGUCAAAGCCAAGUUUAGGGAAUAGCUCAAGAAAUAUGACUCAAAUCGCAUUCGAAAGACUCUAGUAAAAAAUCUGUAGCUUCCAUUUUAUUUUUCUGAUUUCAGCAUACCAAAAUCAUUAGUCUCAGCUUUAUAAUGAGUGGUAUAUGUUGUUAUGAAGUUAUUUUUUUUGUUAAAGAAAAAAUAUCGAACGAAAAAGUGUUAUAAUUAACAGUGAAGAAAAUACAAGCUUAUAUUCGUCAAAA